UUUAUCUUGAUUUUCUGUUAAUGAUGCUUCAAUUUGGUUCUUCACUCGUACAGAUUUUAUUUUAAUCACUCAUAUAUCAAAGAUGGGCAAACACAAGAACAAGCAGAGAAACGUGUUUAAGGUGUCACACUCGCGCGCCCAGAAGGCCAAGUCCAAGGCCAAGAAAGUCAAGACCUCGCUGAAAAAACUGGACUUGGGUCAGGGCAACAAACUUAGCAAAGAAAAGACGAACAAGAUAAACAAACAGCUGGCAGAAAUCAGCAAGGAAAUUCGUCAGCCCAAAAAGAAGCAGCAGCAGCAAGCUCCGAAAGGCAAAGCCAAUCCCAUAAAGCUCGCACAGCCCGUAAGCGAAGCGUCGAAACAACAAGCCACAAAUCUCAUUCAAGACCUAAAACUUUGAUGCGGCUUUUCAAUUUGCACCCUCUCUAUUCAUUUGUUGGCGCGAUGAUGAAUUUAUUUCAUGUAUAAGUUGAACCAUUGUAAAAUAAAUGUAAAUACUUUCUAAAA